CAACGAAGGCGGACCCACCACCACACUGGCCAAUAGGAAACGGGAGCGGGGUCCCAGGACUAGAAGAAACGGCGUCCGGGAGGGGGCUACCGGAUCAUGGGGCUUCUGACCAUUCUGAAGAAGAUGAAGCAGAAAGAGCGAGAGCUGCGGCUGCUCAUGCUUGGCUUGGACAAUGCUGGCAAAACCACCAUCCUCAAGAAAUUCAAUGGAGAAGAUGUGGACACCAUCUCCCCAACGCUGGGCUUCAACAUCAAGACCCUGGAGCACCGCGGAUUCAAGCUGAACAUCUGGGAUGUGGGUGGCCAGAAGUCUCUGCGCUCCUACUGGAGGAACUACUUCGAGAGCACGGACGGCCUCAUCUGGGUGGUGGACAGCGCUGACCGCCAGCGCAUGCAGGACUGUCAGCGAGAGUUGCAGAGCCUACUGGUGGAGGAGCGCCUGGCUGGAGCAACCCUCCUCAUCUUUGCCAACAAGCAGGACCUGCCUGGAGCACUGUCCUGUAAUGCUAUUCAGGAGGCUCUGGAGCUGGACUCCAUCCGCAGCCACCACUGGCGCAUCCAGGGCUGCAGUGCCGUCACGGGGGAGGACCUGCUGCCUGGCAUCGACUGGCUCCUUGAUGACAUUUCCAGUCGUGUCUUUACUGCCGACUGAGCCUCUUCAGUGUCCUCAGCUCACUGUCCAGGUCCGGGUCGUCAUCAGACACCAGCCGGAGGGAUGAGCCCCAGCCGGCCAGACUAACACUCCCAACCCCACUGUGACCUGCUGCUGCUACUACUGCCCACUGCUGCUCCCCCACCCAAACCCCGUGAGGACUGUGGCCCUGUCUCCCAGAGUGGCCUGCAGCUGCCAUGCCAAAAGGAAAGGCUGGGCUGGAAGGGACUACCUGUUGCUGCAGGGGUCCUGGGUGUCACCUUUCCUCCGUCCAGCAGUGAGAAUAAAGCACUCCUCACCCA